CAGCUGACCGGCUCCGGUCAUAUGACCGCGUCUUCCUUUCACCUAAGAGGAAAAGCCGUGAGUAAUAACUGAGCGCGGUAGUGGUCAUUGGAGAGGUUUGGUUGGUAAGCGGCGAGUAUGGCCUGGACCAAGUACCAGUUCUUCCUGGCUGGCCUGAUGCUCAUCACAGGCUCCAUCAACACCCUUUCUGCUAAGUGGGCUGACAAGCUGAGUGCACCAGGCUGCAAUGGCACAGACACACACUACUUUGAGCAUCCCUUCCUUCAGGCAGUGGGCAUGUUCCUGGGGGAGUUCUCCUGCCUGGCCGCUUUCUACCUCCUGCUCUGCAGUGACCGGCGGAAGCCAGAGCCCACCAUGGCACCACCUCAGCCCUUUAACCCGCUGCUUUUCUUGCCCCCAGCACUCUGUGACAUGACGGGGACCAGCCUGAUGUAUGUGGCUCUGAACAUGACCAGUGCCUCCAGCUUUCAGAUGCUGCGAGGGGCUGUGAUCAUCUUCACGGGGCUGCUCUCGGUGGCCUUUCUCAGGAGGAAGCUGGCCCUGAGCCAGUGGCUGGGUAUCCUGGUGACCAUCCUUGGGCUGGUGGUAGUCGGCCUGGCAGACCUGCUGAACAACAACGACCAGAAGCACAAGCUGAGUGAAGUCAUCACAGGGGACCUUCUCAUCAUCCUGGCUCAGGUAAUUGUUGCCAUCCAGAUGGUGCUGGAGGAGAAGUUUGUCUACAAGCAUGAUGUUCACCCUCUGCGGGCUGUUGGCACUGAAGGCUUCUUCGGAUUUGUCAUCCUUUCCCUGCUCUUGGUGCCCAUGUACUACAUCCCAGGGGGCAGCUUCAGUGGCAACCCACGGAAAGUGCUCGAAGAUGCUAUUGACGCCUUCUGUCAGAUUGGCCACACACCCCUCAUUGUUGUGGCCCUGCUGGGCAACAUCAGCAGCAUCGCCUUUUUCAACUUUGCCGGCAUUAGUGUCACCAAGGAGAUCAGUGCCACCACCCGGAUGGUGCUCGACAGCUUACGCACUGUGGUCAUUUGGGCAGUCAGCUUAGCUGUUGGCUGGGAGAUCUUCCAUGGACUACAGAUCCUGGGGUUCAUCAUCCUCCUAGUUGGUGCUGCUCUCUAUAAUGGUCUGCACCAGCCACUCCUUGCCCGCCUGCCCUGGGGGAGGGCACCAGCAGAUGCCCCUGGCACAGAUGCAGACAGAGAGGGCCUCUUGGCUGCAGAUGGGGCUUCCGUUAAUGGAGAUAGCUGAUAGCAAUGGAACCCUUACAGCGCUGGAACUUUGCUGAACUUCUGUCAAACGGAUUAGCCAGUAUUGCUGGGCCAUGCAGGCUUGGAACAUCAAACUGGUCAUGAGACUGACUUGGUACAUUUGGAUAUGCCUUACUUUGGAUCAACAUUUCACCUUUAAUGUGAUGGUGUCACUGCACCAUCUGGCCAUUGUGUUCAUUUUGGUCCUUUGCCGUUUCCUUAGCAACCAAAGGCAGUGCCUUUGCUGCUUAGGAUUCCAGAAGCAGAUAGAAGCUACCUUUUAUUUUUUCUAGGUGGUUGCUUCUAGGCCACCCACGUGGAAUCAUAACUCCUAGGCAGAUGCCCAUUGUUUAGUGUGGGUUGAUCAGUAGGUUCAGUAAGCCUUCAUAUUCACCCCCUAAUGUAACAUCAAUGUAACAUUAAUAGUCCUUUAACAUAAAAAUUACCUGGGUUUUUUCUGCUGAA